AUGGAGAAGUUGGUACUGGCACUUCUACACGCCUCCAGGAGGCUGCGCAGAUACUUUACAAGGCAUGUGAUAACAGUACUCACCAACUUUCACAUCGGCACUAUUUUACAAAAGCCAGAAACAUCAGGGCGGUUAGCGAAGUGCGCGAUCGAGCUGGGGGGCCACAACAUCUUGUACAGGUCGCGCCCAGCCAUCAAGGGUCAAGUCCUUGCGGACUUUGUCAUGGAAGUCCCAGUGGAAAAAAUCAAGGAUUGCAAGAUUGUUGAGACUCCCGUGAAAGACACGUCUAAUGAGUUAUGGUUGUUGUACACUGAUGGGGCCUCAAACGAGGAUGGCGCAGGAGCUGGGUUGCGCCUUGUGAGCCCCGAGAAGCAUGAAUUUACAUACGCCAUCAAGUUGGAUUUCAAGAAUACUAACAAUGAGGCGGAAUACGAGGCAUUCUUGGCAGGCUUGCGCCUCGCCAUAAAAAUGGGAGCUCAAAAUCUGCAAGCGCACGUAGUUCACAUCAACCGCUCCGAGAACAAACCAGCAGACGCCUUAAGCAAGCUCGCUUCAACUUCCUUUCAACAUCUCGCCAAAGAUGUAAGGAUUGAAGUACUAAAAAAUCCAUCAGUUCUGCUGCGCCAGGUAAAUGUGAUCGAAGUAGGGCAGCCAUCUUGGAUGACCCCUAUAAUUCAAUAUCUGCAAGAAGGAAUACUCCCGGAGAGCAAAGCAGAGGCAAGAAAGAUUCAAAACAAGGCCCUGCAUUAUGAGAUGAAUGGUGGUAUCUUAUACCAAAAGUCCUUCUUGGGGCCCUUAUUGCGCUGUGUGGACCCCCAAGAUGCGAAUUACUUGAUUAGGGAGAUUCACGAAGGGAUCUGUGGCAUCCAUGCAGGCCCACGCAUGGUUGUCGCGAAGAUUAUGAACGCUGGAUAUUACUGGCCAGGGAUGCACGUCGACGCCCUGAAGGAGCUGCGCAAAUGCGACUCUUGUCAGCGACAUUCUCCAAAAACCCUGCGCCUGAAAGAUGAUCUUAUCCCGGUAUCCACUGCCUGGCCUUUUCAGCAGUGGGGAAUUGAUAUGGUGGGACCCUUCCCUGAUGCUCCGGGAGCUGUGAAGUUCAUAAUCGUUGCCGUGGAUUAUUUCACCAAGUGGAUGGAGGCCAAAGCACUCACAUCAACAACUGCAAUGAUGGUGCGCAAGUUCAUCUGGGAACACGUCAUUUGCAGGUUUGGCCUCCCACUCAAAAUUGUAACAGACAACGGAACCAACUUUGCAUCCGAAGACCUCCAAAAAUGGAUGAAAGAGAUGAAUAUCGAACACACUUUCUCAUCUGUUGCGCACCCUCAGGGCAACGGACAAGUCAAAAGUGUAAACAAGAGUAUCGUCGAGGGGAUAAAGGCCCGGCUGGGCACAAAGAGAAGAGGCUGGGUAGAUGAGCUCCCAAGCAUCCUAUGGGCUCAUUGA